AUGACCGCGACCAAGUCCCAUUCUGCCCGUGUUUCCUUCGCUUCCCUCACUCCAAACAACUUGGGCACCGUUCGAAAACUCAACUCGGUUCUCUUCCCCAUCAAGUAUUCUGAAAAGUUCUACCAGGACAUCCUUCUCCCAGAGGCAGAAGACUUCUGCAAACUCGGCGCAUCCUCGUGUUCUUUUGGCUCCACAGUUUACUAUAAUGACAUCCCCGUAGGGACAGUCUGCUGUAGGUUUGAGACCAAAGAUGGUGAGGCCCAGAUUUACCUCAUGACUAUGGGCGUUCUCGCGCCAUAUCGCUCCCUCGGCAUUGGAUCCCAGUGCCUUGAGCUCAUCAAGAAUGCCGCUUCGGCGUAUAAGAACACAAAAAUACGCCGUAUUUACCUGCACGUCCAGAUCUCCAACGAGGGUGCAAAACAGUUCUACCAGAGACACGGUUUUACCGAGCUUGGCGUCGCGGAAAACUACUACAAAAAGAUCACACCACGGGAUGCUUGGAUUUUGGAGACGUUUGUUGAGGGGCAGACCAGUGAAUCACAGAAAUGA